GUUGCUCUUUGUUUCAUGUUCCUUACCAAGCUAUAUUUUUGCGUUUCAGAGAAUGUCACUUUGCUGUUUAAAUUGUACUGUUUGACGGUGAUGACCUUGGUGGCUGCAACAUAUACUAUAGCUUUACGAUACACUAGGACGUCAGAAACAGAACUCUACUUUGCCACCACUGCUGUGUGCAUCACAGAAGUUAUCAAGCUAAUCCUAAGUGUGGGUAUUUUGGCCAAAGAAACUGGAAGCCUGAGUAGGCUGAUGACAUCUUUAAGAGAAAAUGUAUUAGGCAGCCCCAAGGAAUUGCUAAAAUUAAGUGUUCCAUCUGUGGUGUAUGCAGUCCAAAACAACAUGGCUUUCUUGGCUCUUAGCAAUUUGGAUGCUGCCGUCUAUCAGGUGACAUAUCAGUUGAAGAUCCCAUGUACAGCCUUAUGUACGGUCCUAAUGUUAAACCGUUCUCUCAGUAAAUUGCAGUGGUUCUCUGUCUUUAUGUUGUGUGGUGGAGUCACACUUGUUCAGUGGAAACCUGCUCAGGCUACAAAAGUACAGAUGGAGCAGAAUCCAUGGUUAGGGUUUGGCGCUAUAGCUGUUGCUGUCCUAUGUUCAGGAUUUGCAGGUGUCUAUUUUGAGAAGGUAUUAAAGAGUUCAGAUACUUCCUUGUGGGUCAGGAACAUUCAGAUGUACUUGUCUGGAAUUGUGGUGACUUUAGCUGGUGUUUACAUGUCAGAAGGAGCUCAAGUCCUUGAGAGAGGAUUUUUCUAUGGCUACACAUAUUGUGUCGCGUUUGUCAUUUUGCUUGCCAGUGUUGGUGGCCUCUACACAUCGGUGGUUGUUAAAUACACAGACAACAUUAUGAAAGGGUUUUCUGCAGCAGCAGCCAUUAUCCUUUCUACUGUUGCAUCGGUGAUGCUGUUCGGUUUACAGAUCACUGUCAGUUUUUCUCUUGGUACUCUCCUUGUAUGUAUUUCUAUCUACCUUUAUGGAUUACCUCGACAAGACACAACAAAAAUUCAGCCAUCGUUAGAGACAGUGAAUUUGAAAGAAAAACUUAUUAAUGUGUGAUGUUUGCCUUAACAAAGGACAAGAGACUCCGCAAAGGAAAGACUUGUUUUGGUGGGUUUUUUUAAAUUAGCCUUAAUCUAGUUAUGGACUUAACCUGGACAGACUAAAAGGAGAAGUUAAUUCUGUAAGGAGUGAAGGGUUUUCAUUGGAUGCUACAGACUACAUUAUUGCCAAGCUCCUGAAGAAGAUGGUUCAUGUCGGACCAUGAGGUGUCCACCUCCCAGGAGAGCAGAAUGAAGGAAUUGAAUCUUCAGUUGUAUAUGAGAGACGUUUUCUCCAACUGUGUAUUGUGCCAUUGGUGGGCAGAAAUGCUGAAAGGUAUUUAGCUCUGUUAAAGUAUAUCUCAUUGCCAAAGCUGGUCCUUGCACUAAUUUGGCCCCUAAAUACUGAAAAUGUUGGUCUGAUUAUGCACAUGUAAAAUAGGUGUAUUAUCUUGAAUACCAACUGGUUGCUGAGCUCUCAUUCUUUUUAUGAAAAUUAAGUGUUGCUAAUAGGAUAAACAUGAGCAAGAAUGGACUGUUGAAAGGAAAAAUCUACUAUUAUAUCAUCUAUGCUGAGCAUGCUUUAAUCACUCAGUACAAUAGUUGGUUUCAGCCAUAGUGGAACAGAGUAUGUUUUUUGUUAAGUAACUUUUAAAAUGUGAAGAUGUUUAUAUCUUUUAUAAAUCAAUUGUAAAAGGUUACAUUUUUAUUAAUAGUAAUGUGUGAAACUAGCUCACUAAUUAGAGGAGGGCACCAAUAAGAAUGUACAUAAGUGUUCUCUUUACACCUGUAUAUAUUGGUGUCAAGUCAGGGUGUGUGGUUUGAGACUGAUGCAUACUACUUAUCUAUGUUGUAAGUAGAUUUGUGCCAUCUCCCAGAUUGAGCUAUUCUGAGUGCAUAGCAGAGCAAUGCAUGUAAAACACUGAAGUGUUUUAGAAUGGUGACUGAUACCUGUAAAGGGUCAACAAAUGCUUUAUAGAGCAAAAUCACUGCUGCAGUUGAUCCUGAACUCUUUGGAAGGCAUAGCUCAAUCCAGCCCACUUAGUAAUGCAUUAACAAAAAAAGAUACACAACAAUUAAUGGCACUUCAUAGAAAACCAAUUUUGGUGCAUUUGUUCAGGUUAGCUUUCAUAACUAAUUUAACUCUAGACCCAGCCAUAGGUGAUUAAUGCUCUCAAACAGCUGCAUUAAAAGUGAAAUAUCA